GUUAUUCUUGUAUUUAUAAUGGUCUGCCUUCCAGCAGUUUGCCUUCAGGACUACAAGGACUUCCAGGACCCAUGCCCCAUCAGCUCCUGUAACCCCCAACUGGGUGACCUGUUGGUGGGUCGUGCUGCUCAGCUCUCAGUUUCAUCCACUUGUGGUCUGGAUGGACCACAGAGUUACUGCAUCAUCGGCUAUCUGGAGGAGGAGCAGAAAUGUUUCAUAUGUGACUCUCGGCUACCAUAUCAUCGCUACAACAGCCCAAACAGCCACCGUAUUGAGAAUGUCAUCACAAACUUUGACCUCGAGAGAAAGCUGAAGUGGUGGCAGUCGGAGAAUGGAGUUCAUCAUGUCAGCAUCCAGUUAAAUCUGGAAACUAUGUUCCAGUUCAGUCACCUGGUCCUCACCUUCAAGAGUUUUCGGCCAGCAGCCAUGUUGGUGGAGCGCUCAAAGGAUUUUGGACAAAGUUGGAAAGUUGUCCGUUACUUUGCAGAAGACUGUUCUCUUCAUUUCCCUUCAGUGUCGACUGCGCCAGCCAGGAGCAUCGAUGAUGUUGUCUGUGAUAGCAGAUACUCUGGAUCAGAACCAUCCUCAGAUGGAGAGGUGGUGCUGAAAGCUCUUGAUCCUGUCUUUGAAACAGAAAACCCUCACGCACCAAACAUCCAAGAUCUGACCACCGUGACAAACAUUCGGGUGAACUUCACUCGUCUUUUCACACUUGGUGACACACUGCUGAGUCGAAGACGCAGGAACCCUCAAGACAAAUAUUACUAUUCUGUUUACAACAUGGUGGUUCAAGGAAGCUGUUUCUGUAAUGGACAUGCCAGCCAGUGUGUGCCCAUGGCUGGCGUUCGCUGGGACGUUUUCACCCAGCCUGGCAUGGUUCACGGACAAUGUGUUUGUCAGCACAAUACAGCUGGAGAAAACUGUGAGAGAUGUCAGGACUUUCACCACGACUCCCCCUGGAGGCCCGGAGGAGAGGGUGCAGCAGACAUCUGCCGAGCAUGUAAUUGCCACGGUCACUCGGACUCGUGUCACUUUGACGUAGCUCGUUACAAAGAGACUGGAGGUGUGAGCGGCGGUGUGUGUGAUGACUGCGGCAACAACAGGAUGGGGCCUCAGUGUGAACAGUGUCGAUCGUUUUUGUAUCAGGAUCCGCAGAGAGCGAAGGAUGACCCACACGCCUGCAUACCAUGUAACUGCAAUCCAGUUGGUUCACGCGACGGCGGUCAGUGUGACCCUCUGAGCGGUCAGUGUGUAUGCAAAGAAAACGUGGAGGGUCAACGCUGUGAUCGCUGCAAACAUGGCUUCUUCAGCCUGAGGCAGGAUGACCCCGCGGGUUGUCAGGCAUGCAGGUGUCAUCCUCUUGGGAGUGUCGGGUCAUGUGAUCAGCUAACAGGAACUUGUGAAUGUGACCAAAUGGCGAGUGGACCGCUGUGUGAUCAGUGUCUGCCAGGUUUCUGGGGUUUGGGAAACUCUGUGUUCAGAUGCUCACCUUGUAACUGUGAUAUUGGCGGCGCUCAAGGACACACGUGUUCUCCAGAGGAUGGACAGUGUCGCUGUUUACCCAACAUGAUUGGUCGGCGAUGCUCUGACCCUGCACCCGGGUACUUCUUGCCUCCACUGAAUUAUUUCCUCUAUGAGGCUGAACUCACUUUCCCACUGCUAGGAGGAAGCUCUUCUACAACUCCUCCUCCUCCAUCGCCUUCUUCUUCUGCUGCUCCAUCUUCUUCUUCUCUGCUGAACCCAGGAGUGUUACCUCAGUGUGAGCAGUACUUCAAAGAGCAAGGUUUUGACACUAAGUUCCAAAAUGGACGAGUCAUUUUAGUUCGGCGGGCUCAACAACUUGCCCAGCGACAGAAAAGGAGAAAGAGAUUGCAAACCAGCAUCCCUCUGGUCCCCGGUUACACCCUGCAAAUCAUUCCCCGUCAGAGGGCAUAUCACCAGCCAGUAACCUGGACUGGCCUGGGAUUGGUCAGAGUGUUCGAGGGGGUGGGGCUUAGAUUUACUGUGGACAACCUCCCAUCUUCGACUGAUUACCAGCUGGUGAUUUCCUAUGAACCAGAGUCUGCAUCUGAUUGGAUGGCUUUAGUCAGUAUCAUCAAAGUGUCACAAGGCGAUGGCGGCUGCAGCAGCAGUCCAACAGGAAGUAAAACUCUGAUUCUACCUGGAAACCCCAGACGAGGUAUUCUGGACUCUCUGCUCUGUCUGAAUGCUGGAGGUCACUAUUUUGUGGAUAUCACCUUUUACAAACAGCCCAGAUCUGAUGGUUCACACAUCCUAAUUGACUCAAUUAGUCUUUUUAAUAGAAUCGGGUCAGUCCAAAAUUUCUGCUCUCAGAGCGACCUCGACACUUUUCACCAGUUUCACUGUACUGGAUUGGCUGUCAAGCUUGGCUCUCAGGAGUCGCUACCUGAAGUCUGCGAGGGACUCAUCAUGAGCCUUUCAGCACAAAUCCACAAUGGAGCUGUCCUUUGCAGGUGUAAUGUUAUUGGCUCUAUUGGACCAUCCUGCAGUAAACUGGGUGGGUUUUGUGAAUGUAAGGCCAAUGUGAUUGGUCGUUGCUGCGAUGCCUGUGCCCCAAUGACGUUUGGCUUUGGACCUGAAGGCUGCAAACGAUGUGAUUGUGACCCCCAUGGCUCUGUGUCAGAGCUGUGCGAUCAGGUCAGUGGUCAGUGUGCAUGUCGUUCAGAGAUGGCGGGUCAGCGCUGCGAUCGCUGUCAGAUGGGAUUAUGGGGAUUCCCUUCCUGUCGAUCGUGUGAAUGUAAUGGGCUGUCAGAGAUGUGUGAUGGACUUACCGGAGACUGUCUGAGCUGCAGGGAGAACACUACUGGACCCAGCUGUGAAAGGUGUGUUGAGGGUUACUAUGGUGACCCAAUCUCCAGACUGGCCUGUCAGCUGUGUUUGUGUCCAGAUGUUCUGAGCAGUGGACGAUUCUUCGCCACUUCCUGUCAGCAUGACCCACAGUCCCUCAGGCUCAUCUGUAAGUGCCAGGAGGGGCACACAGGUGUAAGCUGUGACAGGUGCAGCCCUGGUUUCUAUGGUGAUCUGACAUUGCCAGGUGCAGUCUGUAAAGAGUGUCCCUGCAACAACAACAUCAACCCUGAUGAUCGCAACUCAUGUAACAGCACAACAGGAGAGUGUCUACACUGCCUUCACAACACAAUCGGCCUACACUGCCAAAACUGCAAACCUGGCUACUAUGGCAAUGCCCUAACCCAGGACUGCAAAGAAUGCUCCUGUGAUCGACGGGGGACUCAGGAGACUCAGUGUCCUCUGGGGAGACCCUGUUUCUGUGAUCCGAGGACAGGACAAUGUCCCUGCAGGACAGGUGUGAUAGGUAAACUCUGUGAUGAAUGUGAGGACAGAUACUGGAACCUGAACAUACCCUCGGGAUGUCAGCCCUGCAGCUGUGACCCCGUCAACUCUAUUUCCAACAUCUGUGACAAGGUAACUGGACAUUGUCCAUGCCAUCCUGAGUUUGGAGGAAGGCACUGUGAUGAAUGCAGAGAAAAUCAUUUUAGGAAUCCAGACCUGCAGUGUAUCCCUUGUGACUGCAACCUGGAGGGAACCAAACGACCAUCAUGUGACCCUGAGACUGGCGAGUGCAUCUGUCGGGCGGGUGUAACCGGUAUAUUCUGUGAUGAGUGCGUCCCCGGCUUCAAUAAAUUAUUCCCAGCCUGUGAACAGUGCCAUCCCUGCAACGCACUCUGGACUCAAAUUGUCACUGAUGUCCAGCAAGCUGCCCAGAAAAUAAGAACCCUUAUCCCUCAUAACAACGUGCAGCCCACAGAUAACCACCACCUACAGGAGAUGAUGAACAUGCACUCUAUGAUGGACAGCCUGGCCAACCUGAGAGUAAUCUCCCCACCAAGUGUGGAAAAGCUGGAGAAAAUGUCUUUGAAGGUCAGGAAGGUGAAAGAUGCCAUCGACGCAAAAGUGAUCCUGAUUGACGUGUCUCCCCUCUUCAACACUGAAAUUGACAACAUUCAUCUAGAAAUCAUGAACCUUAAGAAGAAACUCACUAGUGUGCCAACUGAUGACAUAAAUGACCAACAAAAAGCGCGUGUCUCAUCUGAACCUGUUGUAGAGCUGUUGGAUGAGAUCCAGACGCUUUACAGAGUCUUCAUGUUGGAGCAUGAGAGAGUGAGAAAUGUCAGCAAAGCUGUAGAGGACUCCAUGGACACCAGACAGGAAGUCAAACACAAACUGAGCAUGUGCAACACAGGAGACCUGGCACUGCUGAAGAAGAAGGUCACAGAGCUGAGUGUGGUUCAGCUCAACCAGAAGGUCUGUGGAGAUCCAGGUUUGGAGGACUGUUCAGGGUGUACUGGAGCUCUUUGUGGGCGUGAUCUGGGAAAAAGGAAGUGCGGAGGUCCAAAUUGUAAAGGAGCUGUUCCUGUCAGUGAGGAUGCUUCAGAGACUGCAGAGAAGCUGAAAGACCAGCUCGUGGAUUUGCCUUCCAAACUGCAGGACAUCAGGAACAAGAUCAAUAAUGCCAAUCAGACGACUCAGGAUGCCAAAAACUGGGCCAGAGAUCUGCAGGACCGGAUCAGCAACAAUACAAACUCGUGUGAGAGAGAGAAAAGCAAAACCAGAGAGCUUAUUCAGCAAGUCAAAGACUACCUGAUGGAUGACAUGGUUCCUCCAGAGGACACUGAGAAAAUGGCACAAGCUGUUUUGAGAAUCCAGCUCCCACAGUCACCUGCUAACAUCCAGUCCAUGAUCAGUAACGUCAGCAAUUUGUUGAAAAAUGCCACCAGACUCCUGGAGGACUUAAACAACCUGGACAAGAAAGUCAAGGCAGCCAGAGACCUGCAGCAGGAAGCUCGGGACCUCAAGGAGCAGAUGGAGAACACUGAUGUGAGGAAGAUCAUUCAGGAUAUUUAUGAAGCAGACAAAGCUCAGGACAAAGCUAACAACCUCUUGGAGAGAGUGAGCAGAAACAAAGAUGAAACCAAAGACAGGAUCCGAGAUGCCGAAGUCACACUGGACAACAUUGAGGCGAGGCUCAUGAUUCAGACUGAAGAUCUGUGGAAAGAGAUCGAAGCUAUGAAGGAUAAAACUGAGGAGAACAGAGAGGCAGCGAGAGAAGCCAGAGAGGCGGCAGAGAGUGCUUUCAACAUGACCGCCGAUGCAGAGACGGAGCUCAAUGAUGUCAUGGAGCAGCUUGAGGUUUUAAAGCAAAAACAACAGAAUCAGGAGGUCGAGGGUCAAGCUGCUGGUCGACUGAAGAACAUCAUGAUGGAAGCUGAGGACAUAAAGAGACAAGUGGAGGACAAACUCCAGCAGAUACGAGACAUGGAGCAGAAGAUCCAGCAGCUGCUUCACAGAAGAAACCAGAAAGCUGCUGAAGUGUCCGACCUGCUGGAGGCGGCUGAGUCGAUUCGACAGGAAAUCUCAACUCGAGCACAAGCAUACACCGAGUGUACUGGAUAGAUAUACUGUAAUACUGCUAAUAGAUACCAGUGAGUACUGCAAACAGCAGUACUGCUCAGAAUCUGCUGUAGCUGAAUUUAUUCUGAAU